UAAACCUUGAAAGAGCUCGUGUCCUGUUCAUUCUGACAUUACCUGAUGAUACUACCUUCGCCUCCAUGACGCCCAAGGGAUCGCGCAAACGAGCGAAGCCCAGUCCUUCUGGCGCGGACUCACCGUCCCCCGCAUCCCCAAACAAUACUGGGCGAGACCGCUCCGACUCUCAGCCUCAAGGACGUGCGAGUUGGUACCCUGGAUCUUGGUCGACUGCCUCACGAGUGUCCAAAGCGGCCCCAGUUACCGAGGUUGCCCGUGAGAGCAUCUCUGUUGCCCAGAACGUUGCCUCCAGCCUCGCAGAAUCCUCAACCUCCCUCUUUAACUCGCCGAAAAGAAACAGAGCGCCUUCCAUUCAAUUAAUUAAGAAGGCUGGCGCAUCCACCCGUUCGCUCCCUGCAAACGUGACUACAACCAGAGUCAACAUCGCUUCGGAUGGGUCAGCAUCUACAACGGCUCUAGACAAGCUUGAGGAUAAUUCAGUGGCAGAGACACCAGCAACAGAUAAAGAUUCAUCUUCUGCUCCCACCAAGCACCAAGAAAAAGCCGCCGAAGGACAAGAGCCGGCUAUUGGCGCUAGUCCGGAGCCCAACACAUUGCAUGCAGGACAUGCAGCUGAGCAACCCAGCGGUUGGUUCUCAUGGAUCUAUCCCACUGGAUUCACGCAAAAAGAGACUGUGAGCGACCCUGAAACCACGGGCCAUGUCGAGAGGCCAAGCGACAGCACCCAAGCUACAAACAAUGCCGAUAUUGAAACAAACAUAGCGAAUCCAACUGAACAAGGGAAACAAUUGGAACAAGAACAAGACAAACAGCCAGCCCAGACCGAAGUGGCAAACGAAACUACUUCAACUGCGCAGAAACGCUCUUGGUUGCAGAUGUGGUACGGUUCCUCGGAAAGUAAACAGGAAGAACAGGCAACAGCUGGAUCGGGUAACCUGCCUCCCACGGAAUCAGAUUCGCCAAUGACCAAAGACGUGGAUAUGUCACCAAAGGAUCCCACCGGAGGGCGUGAAGAGGCAGCUGGUCUGCCUCAACCCCCGGCUGGAACCAUGAAGUCUUCAGGAUGGUCGUUCUGGUCGAAAGAUCCAGCAAAGAACGCCAUGCCGGGAAAGCCGCAGGAAGUUGAGGCAGUCGAGGCAUCAGUAGCGCCGAAUACUCCAUCUCGCUCAACGGGGCUUGAACCAGAUCCUGAAGCAAAUGUAAACAUCACAAAAAAGGGCAGCCUCAAAGUCAAGCCGCUCAACGAUAGUCGUUUCAAGGACGGGGCUAUAUCCACAAUUGAGGCGACAUCUACCCUCACACCACCAAUAGAGCCUCGAGCUAUCGACUCCACUGCUUCAAAACAGCUGCAGAACAUUCUGCCAAAUCAAGUGCUACCCCGAUUCGAAGACACAUACAAGCUGGAAGAAUCGCCCUCUUUGUUGCAAUCCCUCGGCCGAUUUCUACACUACAGCAAGGGCCCUGAGCACAAUCAUGUGUCCCGGGUUAAAGAACCACCUCGAAUUAAACGCGCUCUCGCCAUCGGUGUCCAUGGCUACUUUCCUGCCCCAUUAAUCCGUACCGUACUUGGGCAACCUACGGGGACAUCCAUCCGGUUCUCCAACAUGGCAGCAGAAUCAAUUCGAAAAUGGACAGCAGACCAUGGAUACUCAUGUGAUAUUGAAAAAAUUGCAUUAGAAGGGGAAGGGCGUAUUUCAGAGCGAGUGGACUUACUAUGGAAGCUACUCCUAAAUUGGAUGGAAGAGAUUCGCAAGGCCGAUUUCAUUUUGGUCGCAUGUCACAGUCAGGGUGUACCUGUAUCGAUUAUGCUAGUCGCGAAGCUGAUAUCUUUUGGCUGUGUCAAUGCCUCACGGGUGGGCAUAUGUGCUAUGGCCGGUGUGAACAUGGGCCCCUUUUCUUCUUAUCGCUCCAGAUGGAUCAGUGGGUCUGCCGGGGAGUUAUUUGACUUUGAGCUACCGUCAAGCAAAGUAUCCCAGGACUAUGAAGCUGCAUUGAGAUGUGCACUUGACUUUGGUGUCAGAAUCUCUUAUGUCGGGAGCAUUGACGAUCAACUCGUCUCCCUAGAGUCUUCGUUAUUUUCUCCAAUUGCCCAUCCUUACAUCUACCGGUCUGUUUUCGUGGAUGGUAGAGUGCAUGCACCAAGCUUUGUUUCUCACCUUGUUGGCUUCGCCCUGAAACUUAGAAAUCUUGGUAUUCCAGAUCACGGUUUAAUCCGCGAACUCAGCACCCCGCUGGCCGGCAGUCUCUAUACAGGCGAUGGCCAUUCCCGUCUGUAUGAUGACGAAGCUGUAUAUUAUAUGGCGAUCCAGUUCGCAUUGGAAACAUCCACCUCCCGGGAUGCAACUUUGAAAAUCAAGCGAUCCAAUCCUUCUGCGGCCUCAAACCCGUAUAUCCUCCCAUUUGCGAUGCGUGGCCUUCUCGAGGAAGAGCACGUGCGUCGUGAGCUACAGGAGGAGACGACGGAGCUUCUACGUCAGUUCGAUGAUUGGAAACCAUCAAGCAAAGUCUUAAAGGAUGUCAAAUUCAGGCUGGAGGGUAUUCGGUCGAAGCUGUAAAUCGCCCUCCUCUCCCCAAGGACUCCAAAUUUUCGGUCUGGCUACCCCAU